GUGGGGCAGGUCGAGCCCGGUGCGCUAUCUCUUUAAGCCCGGGCGAGAUGGGAGCUGUCAGCGACAGCCGAGGCUAGCGCGGGACGUCGCCGCCCGCCAGGCCGGAGCGCGGAGCCGGUGGAGAGCCGAGGGGGCGGUGGGGCCCGGGCGCGGCGGGUCCCCUCGCCGCCCACUGUGCGCCGGAACCCUGGGCCCGGCGAGUGGCGGGCGGCACCCCAGUGUAAUGCGGAGAAUGUGAGGGCAGCGCAGGCCGGUGGAGAGGAGGCGGCGGCGCGGGAGAGGGCGUCGGCAAGAUAGACGGAGAGGCAGCCGGAGAGACGGAGGACCGGGAUCCGGGCGGGUGCAGGUGGGAGAAGGGAAACGAGAUAGGAGAGGCAGCAACAGAAAAGAGGGAAAGAAAGGAGCGGGAGAGCACGCGGCUGCGGGCGGCGGCGCAGGCGAGGAGCAGGGAGCCCGCGCCUCUGGGUGGGAGCACCAGAAGCCGGAGUCGGGCGCCGGGGCCGGGAAUCAGGCGGAGAGCACGGCCGCGGCCGGGCCGGCAGGGUGAAGGAGCAGGGACGCCCGAGGGGGCCCCUCUGGGAACACCGGAGGGUCUAAGGCGGGGCCAGCCCGGUAGGACCGCAGGGUCACUCCGCAGGCUCCGCGGGCCGCGCUCCGGGGGCUCCCGGCGGGCCGGGGCCUUUGUGAGCGCCCCAGGAGGGCAAGAGUCAGGAGUGCGGAGCCGGUUGUGCGGCGGCGGGGGUGUGUGCGCGCCCAGGUGUGCGCGUGUGUGCACGAGUGUGAGCGCCCAGGCAGUUGGGAGCGCGCGUUAGGGAUUCUGCUGGCAUCGCAGUGUGGAGAACUGGAGGCAGGAGCGGGGCGCGCAGGGGAGCGCGGGGCCCUCCCGUGCACACGCACACGCACCGCGCGCGCGCGCGCGCACACACACACACACACACACACAUACACACACUCGCGCACACGCCCUCCCUGCCUCGCUCGUUGCCGCGGCCACCAUCUCAGAGCCGAGCCCUGCGUAGCGGGAACCCGAGCCGGAGCGGGAACCAGAGAGGAGCCCAGCGGGGGAAUGCGGCCCCGGAGCGGAGCUGCGCGCCGACUGCGCGCCCGGGACGCCUCCUGCCCUCACAGGCCCUGAGGCCCCCGAGCCCACAGGCAAAGAGAGAGAUCGCCAGGCCCCCUCCCAGUUACACUCCCUAGAAGCCCACCUGACCUGAGGUGUCCCUCUGAAGAGUCCCUGAGCCUGCUUGCACCCCCUAGAGGGACUCCACAGCCAUGUCCUGGUUGCACUGAGCCUGCCUCCUGCCAGCAUUUCGGGGCUCUGUCCCUGCCCAGCUCCUGGACCCACUCCCCAGCCUAUUCCUCACCCCAGCCUGCACCGAAGUGACUCCUCAAGCUUCAGGACUCAGUGGGGCACAGUGGCAGUCACGUGCAUGCUGGGACCGAGACGGACGGGCCGCCGCUCCCCCUGCCACGCCUCCGGCCCCCAGAGGCCCGGCUGUUUGCCCCCAGGAGCCGUCUGACCCAGGUGAGCGAGAGGAUGCUGGCGGGGGGCGCGAGGAGCAUGCCCAGCCCCCUCCUGGCCUGCUGGCAGCCCAUCCUCCUGCUGGUGCUGGGCUCGGUGCUGUCAGGCUCGGCCACGGGCUGCCCGCCCCGCUGCGAGUGCUCCGCCCAGGACCGCGCAGUGCUCUGCCACCGGAAGCGCUUCGUGGCGGUGCCGGAAGGCAUCCCCACCGAGACCCGCCUGCUGGACCUGGGCAAGAACCGCAUCAAAACGCUCAACCAGGACGAGUUUGCCAGCUUCCCGCACUUGGAGGAGCUGGAGCUCAACGAGAACAUCGUGAGCGCCGUGGAGCCCGGCGCCUUCAACAACCUCUUCAACCUCCGGACGCUGGGGCUCCGCAGCAACCGCCUGAAGCUCAUCCCCCUGGGUGUAUUCACCGGCCUCAGUAACCUGACCAAGCUGGACAUCAGCGAGAACAAGAUCGUCAUCCUGCUGGACUACAUGUUCCAGGACCUGUACAACCUCAAGUCGCUGGAGGUUGGCGACAACGACCUCGUCUACAUCUCCCACCGAGCCUUCAGCGGCCUCAAUAGCCUGGAGCAGCUGACGCUGGAGAAAUGCAAUCUGACCUCCAUCCCCACCGAGGCGCUGUCCCACCUGCACGGUCUCAUCGUCCUGCGGCUGCGGCACCUCAACAUCAAUGCUAUCAGGGACUAUUCCUUCAAGAGGCUGUACCGCCUCAAGGUGUUGGAGAUCUCGCACUGGCCCUACCUGGACACCAUGACUCCCAACUGUCUCUACGGCCUCAACCUGACGUCCCUGUCCAUCACGCACUGCAACCUGACCGCUGUGCCCUACCUGGCCGUGCGCCACCUGGUCUAUCUCCGCUUCCUCAACCUCUCCUACAACCCCAUCAGCACCAUCGAGGGCUCCAUGUUGCAUGAGCUGCUCAGGCUGCAGGAGAUCCAGCUGGUGGGCGGGCAGCUGGCCGUGGUGGAGCCCUACGCCUUCCGUGGCCUCAACUACCUGCGCGUGCUCAACGUCUCCGGCAAUCAGCUGACCACGCUGGAGGAGUCGGCUUUCCACUCGGUGGGCAACCUGGAGACCCUCAUCUUGGACUCCAACCCGCUGGCCUGCGACUGCAGGCUCCUGUGGGUGUUCCGGCGCCGCUGGCGGCUCAACUUCAACCGGCAGCAGCCUACGUGUGCCACGCCCGAGUUCGUCCAGGGCAAGGAGUUCAAGGACUUCCCCGACGUGCUCCUGCCCAAUUACUUCACCUGCCGCCGCGCCCGCAUCCGGGACCGCAAGGCCCAGCAGGUGUUCGUGGACGAGGGCCACACGGUGCAGUUCGUGUGCCGGGCGGAUGGGGACCCGCCGCCCGCCAUCCUCUGGCUCUCGCCACGCAAGCACCUGGUCUCGGCCAAGAGCAACGGGCGGCUCACGGUCUUCCCCGACGGCACGCUGGAGGUGCGCUACGCCCAGGUACAGGACAACGGCACGUACCUGUGCAUCGCGGCCAACGCGGGCGGCAACGACUCCAUGCCUGCCCACCUGCAUGUGCGCAGCUACUCGCCGGAUUGGCCCCAUCAGCCCAACAAGACCUUCGCCUUCAUCUCCAACCAGCCGGGCGAGGGAGAGGCCAACAGCACCCGCGCCACCGUGCCUUUCCCCUUCGACAUCAAGACCCUCAUCAUCGCCACCACCAUGGGCUUCAUCUCCUUCCUGGGCGUCGUCCUCUUCUGUCUGGUGCUGCUGUUUCUCUGGAGCCGGGGCAAGGGCAACACAAAGCACAACAUCGAGAUUGAGUACGUGCCCCGCAAGUCGGACGCAGGCAUCAGCUCCGCCGACGCGCCUCGCAAGUUCAACAUGAAGAUGAUCUGAGGACUGGGCGGGGGGCAGGGACCCCCGGGCGCGCUGGGCAGGGGGAGGGGCCUGGCCGCCCUCCGCGGGCUCCCCAGUCCGUCCCACCUCCUCCCGACCCCUCUGCACACACACUUUUUCUCCCUCCCACCCCGUCCCCUGCUGCCCCCGCCGGCCCUCACCGCCUGCCCUCUUCCUACCAGGACCUCAGAAUUCCAGGCCUGGGGACCCCACCUACACAGGGGCACUCGUUGACAGACUGGAGUCAGAAGCUGACGAACCAACAUGCGGCACAGUCAAUAGUUCAAUAAAAAAGUUACGAACUUCCUCUGUAACUUGGGUUUCAAUAAUUAUGGAUUUUUAUGAAAACUUGAAAUAAUAAAAAGAGAAAAAAAAAGCUAUUUCCUAUAGCUAGUCGGAAUGCAAACUUUUGACGUCCUGAUUGCUCCAGGGCCCUCUUCCAACUCACUUUCUUGUUUUUUCUCUUCCUCCUCCUCCUCUUCCUCCUUUCUCUUCUCUUCCCCUGUGGGGAGGGAUCACUCAGGAAAACAGGGAAGGAGGUUCCAGCCCCACCCGCCUGCCUGCCCACCCUGCCAGGGCGGUCACCAGGAGCAGGUUGGGUGGUGGAUCUGGGCCCAGCUCUGGGCUGGCUGUUUGCAGAGAGCGGAUGGAGGGGACAGGGCUGCCCAGUGGGGAUGAGGGCCUGUCUGCUGAGCUGCCAGGCAGCACUACUGCCAGGGGGCAGGGGGGCCUGGCUCGGGUGUGGCUGAGACUCUGGACAGGGGCUGGGGUCCUCUGGAGGAUAGCACAGUCAGUGGAGAGAGCCGGGCGCCGAGGCCUAACUCUGGUCCCAGCUCUAUUGCCAACUUGCUAUGUGGCCUCAAACAGGUCAUCAACCCUCUCUGGGCCUCAGCCUCCACAUCUGUAUAAAUGGAAACGCUACUCCCCGCCCUGCCUACCUCACAGGGCUGUUGUGAGGAAUUGAUGAGAUGAUGUAUGUGAAACACUUUGUAACCUGUAAAGCGCUGUGCACAUGUGUGGGUGACUGUU